UGGGGUUAAAAAAGAGCAUCUACUUCAUUCAAGUGGUACUGCACUAUGUGCUGAGGUAGUCUGCAUAUCCUGAUAUCUUGACUUGACUGUGUGUAACUGUUUUGGUGUUGCCGGUUUCCACUUUUUCCUUGGAUAUAAAUGACUGAUUGCCAAAUGGUUUCCUCAGAUUUUACAGCAGAUGAGAAGAUGGAGAUUGAGAGCAUUAAGACGCAUAAGAAAGACCUUCUGGAUGAUAUCCAGAAGUUAAAGAUGGAGAUAGACAACGUCAUGGCGGAAAUACUCAGCUUUGAGUUUACAGAGGAAAACAAGACAAUAGAGAAGAGCAAACAGUUCUCAAAUGGGAAGAAAAAAUUCAACAUGGACCCCAAAAAGGGUAUCAAUUACCUGGUGGAGAAUAAAUUGCUGGAUGGAAGUGCUCAGUCCAUCGCUGAGUUCCUCUACAAGGAGGAUGGACUCAACAAGACAGCCAUUGGGGAAUUUCUUGGAGAAAGGGAGGAGAUCCACCUCCAGACCCUGAAGGCCUUUGUGGAGCUCCACGAGUUCUCCGACCUCAACCUGGUUCAGGCCCUCAGACAGUUCCUGUGGAGUUUCCGUCUGCCUGGUGAAGCCCAGAAGAUUGAUCGAAUGAUGGAGGCUUUCGCCACACGCUACUGUGACUGCAACUGUCACGUCUUCCAGUCAACUGACACGUGCUACAUCCUGUCAUUUGCUAUCAUCAUGCUCAACACCAGCCUCCACAACCCAAAUGUGAAGGACAAGACCACUCUGGAGCGUUUCAUCUCCAUGAACAGAGGCAUCAACAACGGAGAGGAUCUACCUAAUGACCUGCUUUCGAAACUGUAUGAGAGUAUUCGCAACGAGCCUUUCAAAAUCCCAGAGGAUGAUGGGAAUGAUCUGACCCACACGUUCUUCAACCCUGACAGAGAAGGCUGGCUCCUCAAACUUGGAGGACGGGUUAAGACAUGGAAGAGACGAUGGUUCAUCUUGACUGACAACUGCCUCUACUACUUUGAGUUCACCACUGAUAAAGAGCCCAGAGGCAUCAUCCCUCUAGAGAAUCUUUGUGUGAGAGAAGUACCAUAUCCUCGCAAACCGUACUGUCUGGAGCUGUAUAACCCCAACAGCCGAGGGCAGAAGAUCAAAGCGUGUAAAACUGAGACAGACGGCAGAGUGGUGGAGGGGAAACACCAGUCCUACACCAUCUGUGCUGCCAGCGCGGAGGAAAGAGACUCGUGGAUCGAGGCCAUCAGAGCGAGUAUCACCAAGGAUCCAUUCUACGACUUGGUCUCAGUUCGUAAGAGGAAGGUGAUAAAUCAAGCUCCUCAGGACUGAGCUGUCCAGCGCCCUCUAUGGACAUUUAUGGUACUGCACAACAGUGGGAUUCUGUCCCCCUAAAGUUGUUUUAAACUCAACAACCUGUAACACCACUGUGUGAUAACACUGGAGGCUAGACACUGACAGGGGUCGUUUGGUCUAAAAGAGGGACUUCUCUUUCCACUUCCUGUUUUACAGACUGAACAGAACAGUGUCAAAGGUGAAAAACAUUGACUCAUUUUUGUUGCUCUCACUGUCAGCCUGACAAGCCACAAAGAAAUUGUCGACAAAACGGUUUUGGACGAAGCUGAAUCUAUGUCAGCACAUGUUGUGCACUGAGCUGUGUGUGUAAAUUUGUGCUUUUGUUUACAGACUUUUUUUUUUUUUUUGUCAAGAUUUUUCUGGAAUCAGGAAGACAAAUUAAGCAUGUGAUGUCCCAGCACUUCUAUGUAUACUAUAAAAAGGCAAGAUGUUUCUCAGCUUCCUAAGUUUUCAUAAGGAUCAAAAAUAGACAUUUACAAGUAAAGAAACAGUAAAUAGCUUUUUUUUUAAAAGACAUCCAUGCGCUAUUGUCAUCUGACCACAGUUGUUAAUGCUUCAUUUUAUAAAUAUAUAUUUUAAACAAUUGCAGGAUUUUUGUUGUUGUAAAAUUUCUACUACUUUAUAGAGUGAUAUAGAACAUUUGUUCUAAUCAGACCAAGCCAAGAAUUGUUUAAUGUCCUACCUACCUUUACAGCACAGUGCAAUAAGUGCAAUAUGCAUUCCUGCUUUAUUUGCAAUGUGUACACUGUAGUAUAUGAAAGAAGUGUUGUAGCUCAUUGUAAGUACUGUGUUUAUGUUCUCAUGAAAUAAUUAUUUAAUAAAAAGUAUUCAGGUGUGUGUUGACAUAUAA